AUGUUAGACAGUGAUGAUUUCGAUUUCUUGGAGCGGAAGUUUGAGCAGAAGUACGAGGUCACUGAGCCCAAGGUUCUUGGUGAAGGGACCUAUGGGAAGGUCUACAAGGCUGUGAGCAAGCAGAACAGCCAGGCUGCCAGUGAAUCGUUGGAGCAUGUUGGAGCGCAAUUUUCAGAGCUGGUUUUCCAACCACGACAAAAGGACAUCAAGCAGCACGCCAUCACCAGCUCUCUGAGCUUUGUUGUGCAGAAGGGCUGUCUUCUUAUGGCGCUGAUGGCCAGAAUCCGAGCAGAUGACCUGGAAAGCGAGGGCAGCGGCUCCAUCUUCGAAGACGAAGGUGAAGUGGAAGAAGCCCUUGAAGACAAGAAGGCAGCGUUGAUGCAGAUGGGCUUCGACCCGGCCGCUGUAGCUGACGCGCUAGCGCAUGCUGCAGGUGAUACGACCAGAGCUAUCGACCUUCUGAUGGCCCAAGCUCCUUCAGAAGUGACUCAGCUCAUAGACAUGGGUUACCCAGAGGAUGCCGCGCGUGAUGCGCUGGAGCGCACUAACAGUUUGGAGGAGGCCGCAGACCUCUUGAUCUCGGAGGCCCUUGGCCAGAGCGCUGCUCGCCGCCACGCCAGCGCCUCGCGCAGUCGCUCACGCAGCCGCUCGCGUGAGGAAGCUCGUGAGGCGUCGCCGGAGGAAGCGCCGGUGACGGCGCCCAACCGACCGAGGAAGAACCUGGAGAUUUUUGCGGACAAGGUGAAGGCCACCGUGAUUGACGCACUGGCUGGCCCUGAGUGCAAGCGGAAGUCGCAGGUGUUGAAAUCCAUUAAGCGCGGCCGCAUCUCGCAGUGGCAGCACCAUUGGCAGAAGGACCCCAGCGAAGAGCGAAUGGAGUCCUUCUCCCCAGGUUAUGCCAAGCUAAAAGGAUACCAACGCGUAGGCGUGCGUUGGCUCCUGGCUUUGGCGCGCUUGGGCCACGGAGGCAUCCUUGCGGACGAGAUGGGCCUUGGGAAGACGGCACAGGCCUUGGUCUUCAUAGACAUCUUGGUCAAACAACAAGCAGCGAGAUCGCGGACCCCGGCGGUUGCUCCGUCUUUGGUGUUCCUGGCAGUUGUGCCUAUGGCUGUGCUCGAGACGUGGGAGAGAGAGUGUGCGCUUUGGUGCCCUCACUUCAAGACGUUCCGCUACCAUCACGGACAGAUGAAGGAGAGAUGGGCGCUGGCCAGCCGCUUUUGUGAGGAGAUCAAGCUCAAUGGGCUUGGGGAUUCUCCUCGCUUGGUGCUCACCACUGCGAGCAUCCUGGGGAACAAGGAAGACCAGUGCAACUUCUUCAAGCAGCUCACCUUUGAGUGCAUCAUUUGCGACGAGGCCCAUGCCUAUCGAAAUGCGGGGACUCAGACUUUCAAGCAUGUUGAUCGGAUCCGGGCCAAGCGGAGAGUGCUGUUGACUGGGACUCCAGUGCACAACAGCUUGCAGGAGCUGGGGAAUUUGUUGAAGCUUGUGUUGCAGAUCUCUCGAGACAAGUGCAAUCCCAAGCUGGUGAAGAUCGGCCGCGAGCUGGAUGGCAUUGUGGAGCGGCAGUCCCUUCGAACCUUGCAAGUGCGUGCAGCACCCUUCAUGAUGCGGAGGCUGAAGAAGGACGUCAUGCAGGAUCUGCCGGAGAAGAGCUGCAAGGCCCAGCGGUGUCCACUCACUGAGAUGCAGCAGGAGCUCUACGAUGCGGAGAUCGAGCGAGCGAAGGUGGGUUCCAAGAAGCUGAAGAAGCGAGAAGCACGCAAAUUCUUGCAGAACCUCCUUUUCCGGCUUCGGAGGCUUUGCAACCACCCGCUGCUCACUUGUGCUCGCUUCUCCCAGGCAGAGCUGGAGACAAUCACGGAGGCGCUGCGAACGGUGCGCUCCGACUUCGCCCAGGCCUCCAAGGAACGAUGUCUACAGUGUGUGAAGGGCAUGGAUGAUUAUGAGCUCGUGAACCAGGUGAAGACUCAUCAGCUGCAGGGCAAGCUUGCGGCGAUGGGUGUGGAAGCUCGGAAGUUCCAGAUCACCCGGGAGGAUUUGAUGAAUUCGGCCAAGCUGAAGGAGCUUCUUCAAAUCUUGCAAGGCCAGCGCGCUGCAAAGCAGAAGACCUUGGUUUUUUCGCAAUUCACCAUGUACUUAGACAUCAUUGAAACAGCUCUGAACUUGCACGAGAUUCGAUACGCGCGCUUGGAUGGAACCUGCAAGCUGGAAGAUCGACAGAGCUCCAUCGACCUCUUCCAGAAGGAAGGCUCUGGCGUAGAUGUUUUUCUUUUAUCCAUGAAGGCAGGUGGGACUGGCCUCAACCUGACUGCGGCGAACCGCGUGGUGCUGAUGGACUUGUCCUGGAACCCUCAAGACAACCGUCAAGCCGAAGACCGUGCACAUCGCCUAGGGCAGCAGCAGCCGGUCACGGUGACCUACCUCACCACUGCCGACACGAUCGAAGAAAAGAUUGUGAAGUGCAAUGUGGCCAAGAUGGAACUCGAUUACAAGUUCGGCGGGCAGAAGAGUGCCCUGGACACCUCGGCCUUCGAUGAAUCGGAAAGCAGUGAGGGAGAGAAGAAGAAGAAGGCGGAUAAGGAAGCCGAAGCCGAAGCAUGCGACGAACUUGGUCAAGAGCUCGGCCUCCUGUGAAACGAGCCGCCCAAAGCGAAGGCAGUUCGCCGGGUGGGGAGAACGUGUCUAGUAGCUUCUUGCUCCUAGUAGUACGGCCAGGAGCCCCUAGUGGAGUCCUUGCUCCUAGUAGCGAUGCCAGGAGCCCCUAGUAGCGUUCUUGCUCCUGGUAGUAACGCCAGGAGCCCCUAGUAGCGUCCUUUGGUCUUGCCAUGUCAACACCUCCAAUGCUCCGGGCCAUCCAGACUGACGCACAUCGCUGGUGUCCGACGCGGCAUGUUCGUCAGCUCCGGACCCAGCGCGGCCGUUGCGUUCGCCGGUGUGUCCAGGUGAGCGCAGGGGAGCGGCCUGCUUCUAGGGAAGCCUCUGCAGGCUUCAAGCUGCCCAGAGCUCCUGG